AUGGCUCUAGUCACAGUUCAUUCCGAACUGAGAAGGAAUCGUGACUUCGCCUGGAGACGUCCCCUACAAGGGAGACGGUGGGGGGGGGGGGGGGGACAAGCCGGGGGGUACAGUAACUUAUAUACUUACCUGGAAGAGCCCGCUCCGCCGCCGGGCCAACACCCGUGGGGGGCGGGGAAGGGCGGGAGGGGAGCGGGCCGGUCGGAGAGGGGCGCCUCCAAGCUGGCUGCAGUGCGGACCGGACCGGCGCGCUCCAGGAACCUGGGGACCCAGGGGGCCGCGCCGCCGCUGCAGCGGCCGCGGACUGUGGAGCCCCCUCUGGCGCGGCGGACGCGCCGACGCUCCGAGGAAAGCCCUCCUCUCUCCAAAAGCCGGAACCUCCACCAGGUUUUGGAGAGAGGUGACCUGAGCGAAGUGAACUCGCACAAAAACAGUAAAAGCCGCCUGAGUGAGGGCGGCUCGAGGUUCCCGCGCCCCUGGCCCCCCUCCCCCCUCCCACACGGCGAGGUGUGGGGCCGGGGCGCGGGAACCUCGAGCACCCGGCCGAAGCCGGCGUCGUGCGCGCCCGAGCGAGUCCUCGCCUCGCCUCGCCUCAGCCAGACAACUGUUGCUGCUUUGAAGAAGCUACUGCGGCUGCAGCACAGAUGCUGGGGCGACCGACCUCACACCGGUCACUCACUGAUCUGGGGCGGGGGGCUUGCGGGGGGGGGUCUCAUUCCGGAUGGGACCAGAGGAAAGCACCCCCCUCCCCUUUCCCUUCGCCAGGAGUGA